AUGGUGGUUAGGGUCUUAAGAGAAGUCUGCAGUGUUGCAAUUUCUGUCUUCCGGGCUAUCUUGUCAUUGUUGUCAACACCAAUGUCAAAGCCAAAGGUCGGUCGAUGGGAUUUGGUGUCAAAGCUGAUGCAUAGAGGAGUAGUAGUUUGUGACAGACAUGAGGAGAGCAUGAAUGAGGUGGAAUCUGUUGAUGUUGUACUCUUCGCCUUGUCUCGCUGCAAUCCAAGCAAAGAUGCCGAGCUUGAAAGUUCACAUUUGACAGAGAAAAGGUUGAAGGAUCUGGAGGUUAGCCUUGAAAGCCUCGAAGAAGGAUUGGACUUCCUUUUUAGGCGUCUGAUACAGACCAGAGUUUCUCUACUCAACGUCCUCACCAGCUAA